CCACUUCAUGUCCCAACACAGAAAGUCCGUGUUUAAGGAACAAGAGGAAGAAAUGGACUUUACAGGUAGAAGACAAAAACAUCAGAGCUGAGUGAGCUGUGACUUACAUCUAAAAUGAGUCUCUCUGGGGAGAGAGAGAGGAGGGGACCACUGCCUCUAAAAUGAGUCUCUCUGGGGAGAGAGAGGAGGAGACCACUGCCUCUAAAAUGAGUCUCUCUGGGGAGAGAGAGGAGGAGACCACUGCCUCUAAAAUGAGUCUCUCUGGGGAGAGAGAGGAGGGGACCACUGCCUCUAAAUCGAGUCUCUCUGGGGAGAGCGAGGAGGGAACCACUGCCUCUAAAAUGACUCAAGACACCAGUUCUAAGAGUGUCCAGAAGCCCAGUUCAGAGUCACCUACAACCAGCCUGUUAUCAAUGAAGAGUGAUCAGCCACCUGCUUUCAGCCAGGAACCAUUACCAGAUGACAAUAAGGAAGUGGAGAGUUUGGACAGUGAGGAUGUAUUAAAGAUCACACACAACCUUCUGGACAGAAGAAGUCAAACUCUGCUGACAGUCCAACAAGACAUCAAGGCUAAACUGAAACACAAGUAUCAACACAUAUCUGAAGGAAUUGGACACCAUGGAAACCAAAGUCUGUUCAAGGACAUCUACACAGAGCUCUACAUCACAGAGGGUGGAAGUGGAGGGCUCAAUAAUGAACAUGAGGUUAGACAGAUAGAGAUGGCAUCCAAGAAGCAAACCACACAAGAGACACCAAUCAAAUGCGACAUCUUCAAGCCUUUACCUGGACAAGACAAACCUAUCAGAACUGUGCUGACAAAAGGAAUCGCUGGCAUUGGAAAAACAGUCUCUGUGCAGAAGUUCCUCCUUGACUGGGCAGAGGGAAAAGCAAAUCAGGACGUUCAUUUCAUGUUUCCUCUUCCUUUCCGUGAUCUGAACCUGAAAAAGGACCAAUACAGUCUGAUGCAACUUCUUUCCCACUACUUCUCAGAGCUGAAAGAGAUUGACAGCAUUGAAGAUGGUGAAACCAAAACUGUUUUCAUUUUUGAUGGUCUGGAUGAGUGUCGACUUCCUCUAGACUUCAAAAACAAUGAGAAGUGCUGUGAUGUCACGAAGCCAACCUCAGUGGACGUGCUGCUGACAAACCUCAUCGAGGGGAAUCUGCUUCCAUCUGCUCUCCUCUGGAUAACCACACGACCUGCAGCAGCCAAUCAGAUCCCUCCUGAGUGUGUUGACCAGGUGACAGAGGUACGAGGGUUCAAUGAGCGACAGAAGGAGGAGUACUUCAGGAAGAAAAUCACAGAUCAGAAUCUGGCCAAUGAUAUCAUCAAACACAUGAAGACAUCAAGGAGCCUCCACAUCAUGUGCCACAUGCCAGUCUUCUGUUGGAUAUCAGCCACUGUCCUUGAGAUGAUACUGAAAGAGGCAGAGAAGGAUGAAGUCCCCAAAACUCUGACCCAGAUGUACUCACACUUCAUUCUCAUCCAAAUCACUUUGAAGAACAGGAAGUACAACAAAUCCACAGAAACAAACCCAAAGGAACUGUCUCAGUCAGACAAAGAGAUGAUCCUGAAACUGGCCAAGCUGGCUUUCCAACAGCUGCAGAAGGGCAACCUGAUCUUCUAUGAGGAGGACCUGAGAGAGUGUGGCCUUGAUGUCACAGAGGCAUCAGAGUACUCAGCAUUGUGUACAGAGAUCUUUAAAGAAAAAUCUGGGCUGUACCAAGAGAAGGUCUACAGCUUUGUGCAUCUGAGCAUUCAGGAGUUUCUAGCAGUAGUGCAUGCUUUAGAAUCAUGUCUGGACAAGAAGGAAAAUGUUUUCUCCUCCGCUAGUGGUGGUGAGGAGAAGGAGUCAAUCCAGUUGUCUGACUUACACAGGAGAGCAGUGGACCAGGCCUUGAAGAGUGAGAAUGAACACCUGGACCUGUUCCUCCGCUUCCUUCUGGGUCUAUCACUGGAGUCCAAUCAGAAUCUGUUACGAGGCCUUCUGACACAGACAGGAAGUACAACACAGAGCAAUAAGAAAACAGUUGAGAGAACAGUCAGGUACCUUUCAGACAAGAUCGAGGAGGAAUCCUCACCAGAAAGGAUCAUCAACUUGUUCCACUGUCUGAAUGAACUUGGUGCCAACUCUCUAGUUGAAGACAUGCAGACCUCCCUGCGAUCAGGAACUCUUUCAGAAACAAGACUAAAACCUGACCAAUGUUCAGCCCUGGCCUACCUGUUACUGAUGUCAGAGGAGGUGCUGGAGGAGUUUGACCUGAAGACAUACAACACAUCAGAGGAAGGUUAUCAGAGGUUGCUGCCAGUAGUGAAAACCUGCAAGAGAGCACUACUGAAUGGCUGUGAACUCACAUAUGUAUCCUGUGAGACUCUGUCUUCAGCUCUGCAGACACCAAACUCCCCCCUGAGAGAACUGGACCUCAGCUACAAUGACCUGGGAGACAGAGGAGUGGAGCUGCUCUGUGUUGGACUAACCAGUCCACUCUACAACAUACAGACACUAGUUCUAGGUCAGUGUGGUCUGACAGAGGGUUGCUGUUCAGAUCUGGCCUCAGUCCUGAGUUCACCCAACUCACAACUGAAACAACUGGAGCUGAGAGACAAUGACCUGCAGGACUCAGGAGUUACACUGCUGUCUGCUGGACUGGAGGAUCCAGACUGUAAACUACACACACUGAGUCUAGGUCAGUGUGGUCUGACAGAGGGUUGCUGUUCACAUCUGGCCUCAGUCCUGAGUUCACCCAACUCACAACUGAAACAACUGGAGCUGAGAGACAAUGACCUGCAGGACCCAGGAGUUACACUGCUGUCUGCUGGACUGGAGGAUCCAGACUGUAAACUACACACACUGGGGCUGUCUGGCUGUCUGGUCACAGAGGAGGGCUGUGCUGCUCUGUCUUCAGCUCUGAGGUCAAACCCCUCCCACUUGAAAGAGCUGGACCUGAUCUACAAUCACCCAGGAGACUCUGCAGGGGGACUGCUUUCAGCUGCUCUGGUGGAUCGCACAUAUAAACUGAUGAAGCUGAAUGUGAAUCAUGGUGGAGAGUGCAGGCUGAAAUCAGGGCUGAGGAAAUAUGCAUGUCAUCUCACCCUCGACCCAAAUACAGCAAACCCACACGUGGUACUGUCUGAGGGGAACAGGAAGGUGACACGGGUGGAAGAGAGGCAGCAUUAUGAAGACCAUCCAGACAAAUUUGAUUGUCUUCCCCAAGUUCUCUGCAGAGAAGGCUUAUCUGGAUCUCGUUAUUACUGGGAGGUGGAGAGGGAUGGUAGCAUGGCUGUCGUUGGUGUGGUGUACAAAGGAAUGAAGAGGAAGGGAAGGGGGGUUGACAGUGACAUUGGAGCCAAUAGGGAGUCCUGGUGUUUACUCUGCUCUCAUAGUGGUUAUUGCUUUUACCAUCCUGGAGUCUGUAGCAGAGUCGUCCCUGGUCCUGUUUCUAACAGAGUUGGAGUGUAUCUGGACUGGCCAGCUGGUACAUUGUCCUUCUAUAGUGUGUCCUCCUCUGGUACACUGACACACCUUUACACAGAACACACCACAUUCACUGAACCCCUCUAUCCUGGGUUUGGGGUUUCCUCCUCCUCUUCCUCAGUGACCCUGUGUCAGAUAGAUGACCAACACAUUCAGAGAAAUGGACCUACAGACCAUGGUGGAGAGUGUUGGAUCAAGCCUGGACCUGAGAAACGGAUUCCUCAGAGCUGUAAGACUUGUGACCAUGUUGAGGACUCCACACACUGGCUUCAGAUUGAGCCCUUGACUUCCACUGUCCAGGGAGUGACAAUGUUCAGACACAGGACACCCAAAGGGAGUUAUGAGUGCACAGUGUCUGGGCUCCGCUGGCUGUGUGAGAGAGAUGUCAUUCUGAAGUCCUGGCUAAAUUCCCAAUCUGGCCUUCAAACCAUCAUAGCUACCUAAUCAUCCCCAGCUUCCAAUUGGCUCAUUUAUCCCCUCUCCUCUCCCCUGCAACUCUUCCCCAGGUCGUUGCUGUACAAAAUAAUCUCUUCUCUGUCAACUUUCCUGAUAAAAUAAAGGUUAAAUCAAUAACAAUGGUGUUGACAAAAUGGAUUGCUCAGUGAGCUGCAUGUUGUGUGAAUUAUGAGACUACA